AAUAAUUUUCAAAAAUAUAUUUUCGGGAAAAUUUAUUUUUUUCGAAAAUGGAAAUUUCAGCAAGUCGACACUUUCCUCCAGCAGGCUGGUACCAUCAGGGCCACCAUCAAAUUCCACAUGGACCUCAAGGUGCUGCUUACCUUCAUUUUUCAAGUGGAGGAACCCCAAGUGCACAGGUUAUGGCUAAUCAACCCAACCCAAUGUACAACAUACACAGCCAAUACCAAUACCACACUGUGGGUGUACCGACACCGGGCACGCCGCCCAUGUCCCAUGGGUUCAUAGCCAACCCCCACCCGCACGCGGGGCAAUUUCCCCACCCCGCUACCGUAGCUGACCAAGUCACUCAGAUGGGUGGCCAAAUCAACUUCCAAACAAUUCGCUUCAACGGGGACCGAGGUCACGAAGCGCUAGGUCUUCAACAUGGACCAUCACAUUCUCGGAAGAAACGCCAGCCUUACAGCAAAACCCAGAUCAGCAGCCUUGAGCGUGAGUACAAAGCAAACAACUUCAUAACGCGACAGAAAAGAGAAAACAUUGCAAGAGACCUGAAGCUUUCUGACCGCCAAGUCAAAAUUUGGUUUCAAAAUCGACGUGUUAAAGAUAAGAAGAUAAAGCAACGCGAAAUAAAAGACAACCAGCAGCACCACCAGACGACGGAGUUGCAGCGACGAGACAGCCACACACAAAAACAAGAGAUGUACCAACGUCACAGUGCAAUGAUUCCAAUCGAAAUGAAGAACGAACACAUUCGAAUCGACCACAUUCACUCGCACGUUCCAGGUCUUGGAUCAGCCUCUAUACUAAUGUAAACUAAAAGAGUCAUUUCAAAACCUUUGUGCUUUUAUUUCACCACUGCAACGGUCUCCGGCCAAAACUCGAUGUGCAUCUUUCUCAAUGCAAUCUUUUUUCGUUUACACAAACCACAUGGCUUUACACAAUUGUAACAUAUAUACUUGAACUUAAACUUCAAUUAUCUUCCAUUUGGAUCCGCGCAUAGUAUAUUGCUGUGAUUAUCGUCUCCAUGUUGGCGUAAGAGCUGUGUAUCCGCACAUCUUUACAUUUUACAAUCAGUUUUAUUUACGUACUGUCGUUACAUUUUGUAUAUUUUUGUCCCUAGUUCCAUUUUUCUUUACAUUAUGUUUCAUGUGCUGCAUUUUCAUUUAAGCUGGUAGGAUUCUUAGGACAACUAUAGUACCUUGGGGGUAAGAUACCCUUUCUCAAAUAAUAUCCUGAUCAUGUUUUAAACAAUUAACAACGCCCCAUGUGAGUCGUAAGGAUACAGUUUCAUAUUUCUUUGAAUCCUCUUUGUUACGAUCAAAUAGGACUAGAAAAUAGAAUGAAAAGAUUUCCCUUCUUCCCCCACCAUACUGUGUAUGAGUUGCCACUCAAUAUUUCUCUGAGAGGUCGGUUGUUUACCGGCAAAACAAAUCCUAAUCCAAUGAUACAUUUACCUGUAACACUAUCGACAUAUCAAAUUUUAAUUUAGCAUUAGUAUUGAAACAUGGUUUUAUAUAAGUGCAUGCGAAGAUAAAUUACACAAAAAAAGAGCAUG